AUGUCUGCGUCUUUAGCCCCCGAAUGCAAUGAAGUCAAGGAGCGCUACGAUACAUGCUUCUUGAAAUGGUACAGUGAGAAGUACCUCAGAGGCACCGGAACAGAUAACAAUGAGUGUGCCGAUCUAUUCAAGAACUACCAAAAGUGUUUGACGGUCGCUCUCAAGGAACGCGGCAUAGACAAGCUGCUGGAUGAGGCGCGGGAAGACCAGAAAGACAACGAUGCGACAUACAUGGGACGUAAAUGUGAGUGCCGCAUCAGCAUGCACCCUCCCCAUUGCUGCAAUGUGUUCGUGGAGAUGAGAAUCUGA